AUGGGCCAGAAGGAGCCACUCCAGCCACCCUGUCAAGAGGACCUGGAGGUGACAAUGGUGAGGACUCCGGGCUUGACUUGCGACCAGAUCCAGGACACUGGGACAGGCAGCGUGAGCUCCAAGAAACCCAAGGCGGCUCUUAUUGAUGACUUCGAGAUCCUCCACACCAUUGGUGAAGGCACCUUCGGUAAAGUGAAGUUGGCCCGGCACAUUCUGACCGGGACACAGGUGGCUCUCAAGGUGAUUAAGAAAAGGCGUCAGAGCUUCUCAAGUGUCCAGGCACUUUUCCGGGAAGUGUGCGGUCUGAAGGCUCUGAAUCACCCCAAUAUUGUAAAACUGCUGGGGGCGAUUGACACAGAGGAGGCAUUUAUCCUGGUGAUGGAGUACCUCAGUGGGGGGGACAUGCGCCACUAUUUGAAGACCCAUGGCCGUAUGACAGAGGCGCAGGCCCGAGGCCCGUUCCAGCAGCUGGUCUCCGCCCUGCAGCACUGCCACCAGAGGGGCAUCGUGCACCGGGACCUGAAGCCACUGAACCUCCUCUUUGAUUCCAACAUGAAUAUCAAACUUACAGACUUUGGCCUCAGCAACAAGUGUGAUGACACUGGCCUACUGGACACGAUCUGCGGCACAGUCCCUUAUGCUGCCCCGGAACUCCUUCUGGGGCAGAGCUACAGCGGCCCUGCGGUGGACGUGUGGAGCCUGGGAGUAGUGCUCUACACCAUGGUAACUGGGUCCCGGCCCUUUGUGGGAAAAGACUUCCAGGAGCUGCGGAAGCAAAUCCUACAAGGGCAAUACCCCAUCCCACCUUAUCUGUCUUUGGAGAUAAGGGAUCUGUUACAAAAAAUGAUUGCCCUCAACCCCAGCGACAGAGGCACCUUACCUGACCUCAUGAGCCAUCCAUGGGUCAACAUGGGCCAGAAGGAGCCACUCCAGCCACCCUGUCAAGAGGACCUGGAGGUGACAAUGGUGAGGACUCCGGGCUUGACUUGCGACCAGAUCCAGGACACUGGGACAGGCAGCGUGAGCUCCAAGAAACCCAAGGUGGGGGUCUCCAUCAUAACUGUGAAGCCCUUCUCUUGCGGGGACCUCUGUGGCAGUGAACUUGAGCCUUCUCCAAGCCCUGUGGUGUCCUCCCUGCAAACCAGGUGGCUCUACCAGGGAGAAAACGUGCAGCUGCAGGAAGACCAGCAGGCGGCUCUUAUUGAUGACUUCGAGAUCCUCCACACCAUUGGUGAAGGCACCUUCGGUAAAGUGAAGUUGGCCCGGCACAUUCUGACCGGGACACAGGUGGCUCUCAAGGUGAUUAAGAAAAGGCGUCAGAGCUUCUCAAGUGUCCAGGCACUUUUCCGGGAAGUGUGCGGUCUGAAGGCUCUGAAUCACCCCAAUAUUGUAAAACUGCUGGGGGCGAUUGACACAGAGGAGGCAUUUAUCCUGGUGAUGGAGUACCUCAGUGGGGGGGACAUGCGCCACUAUUUGAAGACCCAUGGCCGUAUGACAGAGGCGCAGGCCCGAGGCCCGUUCCAGCAGCUGGUCUCCGCCCUGCAGCACUGCCACCAGAGGGGCAUCGUGCACCGGGACCUGAAGCCACUGAACCUCCUCUUUGAUUCCAACAUGAAUAUCAAACUUACAGACUUUGGCCUCAGCAACAAGUGUGAUGACACUGGCCUACUGGACACGAUCUGCGGCACAGUCCCUUAUGCUGCCCCGGAACUCCUUCUGGGGCAGAGCUACAGCGGCCCUGCGGUGGACGUGUGGAGCCUGGGAGUAGUGCUCUACACCAUGGUAACUGGGUCCCGGCCCUUUGUGGGAAAAGACUUCCAGGAGCUGCGGAAGCAAAUCCUACAAGGGCAAUACCCCAUCCCACCUUAUCUGUCUUUGGAGAUAAGGGAUCUGUUACAAAAAAUGAUUGCCCUCAACCCCAGCGACAGAGGCACCUUACCUGACCUCAUGAGCCAUCCAUGGGUCAACAUGGGCCAGAAGGAGCCACUCCAGCCACCCUGUCAAGAGGACCUGGAGGUGACAAUGGUGAGGACUCCGGGCUUGACUUGCGACCAGAUCCAGGACACUGGGACAGGCAGCGUGAGCUCCAAGAAACCCAAGGUGGGGGUCUCCAUCAUAACUGUGAAGCCCUUCUCUUGCGGGGACCUCUGUGGCAGUGAACUUGAGCCUUCUCCAAGCCCUGUGGUGUCCUCCCUGCAAACCAGGUGGCUCUACCAGGGAGAAAACGUGCAGCUGCAGGAAGACCAGCAGUUAAUAAACUUGAUGCUCCAGAGAGAUGCAUCACACUCUGCUUUGCGUCGUCCCUGCACAGAAUUGGGGCUGUGCAUUUUCCAGUGA